CGGCUUAGAUUCCGAGUCUUAUCCUCUCUAGACGAUUCUGUGCCUACCAUGACUGGAUCAGACCCCCAAAAUACUCCCGGGGAUGUUUUUGAAGGCCCUCCAGUCAAAAGACCUUGCAUGAACGAUACGCCACCCAUUGCGCUGACACCAGGAGACGAUGGAAGCGAUUUUUACAAUACCCCUUGGACUGCAGGGACCCCGGUAACUUCGGGAGAUAAUUUAGAGGAUGGUGGACAACCCCAGCCUACUGAACCGACGGUAUCCUCUAACCCAUCCCCCUUGAUCCCUGGCCUGAGUUUGGUCAACGAUACUCUCAAGGAACACCAGACCGAACAGAAUGAAAAGCCUGCGGUUAGCGGAAAUAUGGAUACUAUCGCUGCGAAUCCUGUGGCGGAGAGCGAGGCUCAAAUAUCACCUGCGCAUGCCCAACCAGAGACCCGGGAACAAGAGACAGAGAUGUCGGGGAUGAACGACGACGCAAUGCAAGUGGAGGAGGAUAAUAAACAACAACUGGAAGAGACUGCCAAUGCGAAUGGUAACGUCAACGGAGCCAUAGGUGCAUAUACUGCUGAGGCUACCGAGCAGACGCAACUUGAGCAGGAGGAAGGCGAGGAAGAACACCCUGAGUGGGAGAUCGACUCCUCCCCGUAUGAGUCCUCCUCUGAUAGUUCGAGCACGGAUUCGUCCGAUGAUAGCGACGAAGAUGAAGAUUACCCGAUUCUAAGCCCUGAAGAACAAGCACGGAUUCUGAUGCAAGGAGAGCUAGGCUCUGAUGACGAAGGGGAGGGAAAGGGCAAAUCGGGUGGUCAUCUCCGCACGGCAAACGAAGUUGUGGAAGAUGUUCUUCCUAUCCCUGACAUUAAAAUCACACCUGAAAUGAAGAUUGUGCUUUUGGGAAAUGUGGAGGCGGUCGUUGAGAACACCAUCCUUAUUGCUGCCAACGUCUCCGGAGAAUACCAAGUACUCGAAGCGGGUUCACUGCUUUGCCUUGAAGAUCGACAGGUUGCUGGUGUUGUGUCGGAGACGCUCGGAAGGGUCGAGAACCCACUGUAUGCGGUGAGAUUCCCUACUGCUGCCGCCGUUGAGGAGCAAGGACUGUCCCGAGGUACAGCUGUAUACUAUGUGGUGGAGCAUUCUACAUUUGUGUUUACCCAGCCACUCAAGGGAAUGAAGGGAAGCGAUGCUUCAAACUUCCACGACGAAGAAGUUGCUGAAGAUGAGGUUGAAUUCUCCGAUGACGAACAGGAGGCCGAAUACAAGCGAAGACUGAAGCAGAAACGGCAAGAAAGGAAAGAUGCUAAGAAUGAGAAUGGUGGUCCCUCGAAAACCAGAAAAGGUCCACCGGGCCCUUCAAAGCUUAGCCAAAGUGAGCUCAACUAUGACGAUAAUGCGGCCGAGGAUGGAUACACCCCUCUUGCACGCCCCAAGAACCUGCACGAGAUGAUGCGACAGGAAGCACCCGUCGAGGGUGAUGGCUUCCCUGGUCGAAAUUCUAGCUUCCGCGGCGGUAGAGGCAGAGGUAGAGGUUCUGAACGUGGUCGGGGUGGUCGGGGUGGUCGUGGUCGUGGAGGACCAUCUAGAGAUCCCCAUGAGCCUCAUCGUCCACAUCACGACCGCCAGCCGUAUUAUCAGCAUGAACGGCCAGAGGUCCAGGCUCAGGCUCAGGCCCAGGCUCAACACUACCCUGCUUACAACCAACCUCAACAAUUCCCUUCAUACUUGCCUAUCCCUCAGCAACAACCGCAGCAACAGCCUCAUGCUCCAGGCAUGCCAACACCCUUCAACUUCCAAAUGCCCUUCCAACAACAGGCUUACCAACCGCCGAAUCUAUAUCAGCAAAUUCCUCCCAACGCCCAAAUCAACCCGCUGUUUCUGGCUGCUUUGCAACAACAGCAACAACAGCAACAGCAACAACACCAGCAGCAGCAGCAGCAGCAACACCAGCAAGCACCAGGUCAACCCCAGACUCAAUCCCCAGCAAUGAACUUUGACCAGGUAAAGGCACAGCUGGAUCUCUUGCGGCAGCUGAGCAAUGGAAAUCAGUGGCCGCCUCGCUCAUGAUAAUGUGAUGCCAUUUCUUUUUCUUUUCUUCUUUUUUUUUUUUUUUGUGGACUCAGGUUACAUUUGCAUCUUGAGGAGCUAGGUAUUUUAUUUCUGGAUAGGUUUCAAAAGGAAAAGUUCUACAUUUGCCCGAAUUUUACGAUAC